UGGUGUUUUUUGUAGUUUGUUGUGAGAAAUGGUUAACUGGUUAAUGCCUUAAUGUGAAAUGAUGAGCUGGGUUGAUGUGAAUUGUGUGUAGUUUUGGUGUUUUUCUAGUUUGUUGUGUAAAAUGGUUAAGUGGUUAAUGCCUUAAUGUGAAAUGAUGAGCUGGGCUGAUGUGAAUUGUGUGUAGUUUUGGGUUUUUUGUAGUUUGUUGUGAAAAAUGGUUAACUGGUUAAUGCCUUAAUGUGAAAUGAUGAGCUGAGCCGAUGUGAAUUGUGUGUAGUUUUGGUGUUUUUCUUGUCUGUUGUGUGAAGUAGUUAAGUGGUUAUUGCUUUAAUGUGAAAUGAUGAGCUGGGCUGAUGUGAAUUGUGUGUAUUUUUGGGUUUUUUGUAGUUUGUUGUGAAAAAUGGUUAACUGGUAAAUGCCGUAAUGUGAAAUGAUGAGCUGGGCUGAUGUGAAUUGUCUGUAGUUUUGGUGUUUUUCUAGUCUGUUGUGUAAAAUGGUUAAGUGGUUAUUGCCUUAAUGUGAAAUGAUGAGUUGAGUUGAUGUGAAUUGAGUAUCUAAGUUUGUGUUUUCAAGUUUGUUGUGAAAAUUGGUGAAAUGGGUUGUUCUCAAAAUGUGAAAAAGAUGAAACUUGGUGAGCUGGUUGAGGUGUUUAGAUGGGACAUGACAUAGUUGCAACUUACUGUGGACAUGAUUUUAGAUAGGAGGGUGUGGAGAACCCCGGAUUAGGGAUUAGGGUAGUAGAUUUGUAGGUAGUAGUGUAAUGUAUUGUUGUCCGUUCAUAUUAGAGCUAAACAAGUUGGGUGAAAAAGAAAAUAAGAACCAAUAGCAAGUGCAGGCUUUGGUGGCCAACGGAUCUUUGUUCUGUAAAUCAAUUGAGUAAUUUGCAUUCUUAUGGCUUCUUGUUUGGUUGGUUUAUUUCUUCAUUUGAAGCUUCUUUUGACAUUGUUGUCGCUUCCGCUUGUGAUGAAUCUGCACUUGUUUCCAUGACGACCCAUAUGAAUCUUGAGAGGAUUCUUCAAGGCAUAAACAGAAAGAUGCCUGUGCUUCUACAAGAUAAAAGCAAGUUCUCUCUGCUAGGUUAUUAUGCAGCAGAUUUCAGCAGCAACGGGCAGUUGCUAAUGGUCAGAGGCAAAGGGAACAAGCAUAUCAACUCUACUAGUAAGAAGAAUUGCUUUUGUGCUGAACAACAUGCACCUGGAGGGAAGCGGGGAAGAUGGAGAUGUGGAUGUCACAAAUUGGAUGCGAUACUAGAGCAGUGUAGGGCAUUCUCUUUGAAGGAUAACAUUUGGGCACAGAUUGUAUGUGAUAGUUCUCAAGCUGUUAUCGGAAAAGUAGGGCUAAUACCAAAAGUGCACCAUAUACAUAGGAAAGGAGAAGCCAUAUUCCAAUUAGAUGUCCACGUAGUGUUUUAUGGAGUUCCUGUAUUUGGUGGCCACCAUCACUCAUUGGGUUUCAAGAGUCCAUCUGAGCAGGUGACCAAUCAUUGCAAGAAGCCUGAAUGGGUUAAGGAUCUUAACAGGAAGCAGCCGUAUCUUGACUUGGAUACUGUAAUUCUAUCUGUCAACACAGCUAAUGCGGCUAAAGUCUUUACAGAAGCAAAUAAUUCUGCCAAAAGAUCCAGGAUUCCCUUCCAUUUCUUUUGCAUGUUUUCUGUUUUGACAUGGCAACUGCUUGCUGUAUUGCUGGCAUCAUUCUCAACUAUCUUGUACGUCAUCGUUCAGUCCUUUCAUAUCUGUUUGAUCCAUGUGUCCCACUCGUAUAUCUAUGUUGCGUUGGAGAAGGUAUUUUGCAAUACAUGCAAAAAUCUGGAAAUCGGAUGCUGCCAUCUCCUGUAUUGGCCGGUUAUUCUCAAAGAUUAUGGUCUCAGGUCUCAAUCCUGCGUGGAAUAUGCUGAGAAAGCGGCAUUUCACAGACAUUCCAUGUGGACAAGCCUUAUAGUUGAUCUACUUCUGGGGAACUUUCUUGGCAUCAUAUUGUGGUCUCGAGCUAGAGCAGCUUGCGCAUGGGUUUCAAGUUUCUCUGAAAAUGUUACUAACUAUCUUCUGCGAACUGGUUGUGUGUGGCUCAUGGGAAACCCAGCGGGAUUCAAGUUGAACACUGAGCUAGCCGGAGUUCUUGGGACAAUUUCCCUGAUUGCUAUUCAAAUUUGGUCUACCCUUUGGUGGUUAUUGGGUUUCUUCUUGAUUCAUCUCAUAAAAGUAGUUGCUGUAUUUGGUUCAUUGUUUGGUCUGACAGCAGCAGCUGCUCUGAUCAUCGACACAAUUUCACUUGCAACUACACAUGUUUCUGCUCUUCAGUGGUUGCUUACAUUGCUCUAUUCAUGGCAAAUACAGGCAGUAGAUGCUUUAUGGCGACUUUUCAGGGGUAGGAAGUGGAAUCCUCUUCGUCAGAGACUAGAUAGCUAUGCGUACAGUGUGGAACAGCACGUUGUUGGGUCUCUCCUAUUUACUCCACUUUUACUUCUGCUACCGACGACUUCAUUGUUCUAUAUUUUCUUCACCAUUAUGAAGACAACCAUUAGCUUUGUCUGCAUAGCCAUUCAGUUUGGCAUAGCUAUAAUUCAUGCCACACCUUAUAUUAAGAUUUUCUUUUGGUUCACGAGGAGGAAAAGAUUUCCUAGUGGAUUAUGGUUUGAGAUUAUUUUGUGUCAGAGAAAUGCCAUUAAUUCGGCAGAGGUUGAAUCUGUUGAUAAGACUGCAUCAGGCUCUGAGAAUUCUCGCCACUGUAAAUCGGCAGUUCUGGUUUCAUUUCUUCACAGCAAUUAUUUGAGCUUAAGACAAGUAGUUUGGCCACACUAUAGAAAUGUUUUUUCAGAUGUAUCUAGAUCUUCCAUUGCAUUGUCGGCUUAUGGUGUUCUAACCGGAAAAAGAAGUCCGACUGCUCCAAAGAUUGGUCUUCCUCCGACGCUGCCAUGGAUGUCUAUUCCAUACAAAGAAUACUGGCGCCUUUGCCAUGAAGCAGUCCUCGGUUGCAGACAGGAUUGCAACUGCAAAUCACACCAAUAGUUGUCAAAGAAGGGAGGACAACAAAAGGAAAAGAAUUCUUUAGCUUGCGUUUUUCAUGCUGCCAUUCCAUACGCGUAUUCCUUUCAUUAUUCUCAGUGUCAGGAAUUGUUUCAUAAAAUUUUGUACACAUGAGAGCGUAACGCAGUAUCGAAAAGCAAGUUGUUUGUGUAUAGUUAGAAAGGUUUUUGUUUUUUUGGCCAACUUCUAUCCAAGAUGCAGCAAUUUUGUUUUGUUAUAGGACUGAAUUGUGAUGAAUGGUGUGAUGUUCUUUUCUUUCUUA